UAUUUUAUGCACGGCGUGUGUCGGGAAGGGAACCAGUGCCUAUUCUCACAUGACUUGGCAAACAGCAAGCCCUCCACCAUCUGCAAAUACUAUCAAAAGGGCUGUUGCGCCUAUGGAACGCGUUGCAGAUAUGACCACACAAGGCCCUCUGCUGCAGUGGGUGGUGCUGCAGGCACCAUGCCCCACGGUGUGCCCUCCCUGGGUUUCCACAAUCCUCACCCUCCUCCUGACCUCUCUGCAUCUAUUAUGAAAACUAGCUUACAUGAGCCUGGGAAACGUGAAAAGCGAACAUUGAUACUUAGAGAUCGAAAUCUCUGUGGCCUGGCAGAGGAUGAGGCUCGGCCAUGUGAGGUGAGUAACCCACGGGGUUGCAGUGACCCCCAGAACAGCCUGGAGAUGAAGCCGCACUCCUACCUGGAAGCAAUCAGGAGUGGCCUUGAUAGCUUAGAAGCCAGCAGCUCCUACAGCGAUGAGCAGCAGCUGUGCCCCUAUGCUGCUGCUGGGGAGUGCCACUUUGGAGAUUCUUGCGUCUACCUGCAUGGGGAGGUGUGUGAGAUCUGCAGGCUACAAGUUCUGCAUCCCUUUGAUCCUGAGCAAAGAAAAGCACAUGAAAAGAUCUGCAUGUCAACUUUUGAACACGAGAUGGAAAAGGCCUUUGCCCUGCAGGCAAGUCAGGAUAAAGUGUGUAGCAUCUGCAUGGAGGUGGUCCUUGAGAAGUCAUCUGCUUCUGAGAGGAGAUUCGGGAUUCUCUCCAACUGCAAUCAUACGUACUGCUUGUCCUGCAUCCGGCAGUGGCGGUGUGCCAAGCAGUUUGAGAACCCAAUCAUUAAGGCUUGUCCGGAAUGCCGUGUGAUAUCAGAGUUUGUCAUUCCAAGUGUGUACUGGGUAGAAGAUCAAAAUAAAAAGAAUGAGUUGAUUGAAGCUUUCAAACAGGGAAUGGGGAAAAAGGCCUGUAAAUACUUUGAACAAGGCAAGGGGACCUGCCCAUUUGGAAGCAAAUGCCUUUACCGCCAUGCUUACCCUGAUGGGCGCCUUGCAGAGCCUGAGAAACCCCGGAAACAGCUCAGUUCUGAAGGCACCGUGAGGUUCUUUAAUUCUGUGCGGCUCUGGGAUUUCAUUGAGAACCGAGAAAGCCGGCAUGCCCCCAACACUGAAGACGUCGACAUGACUGAGCUUGGGGACCUCUUCAUGCAUCUUUCUGGAGUAGAGUCUUCAGAGCCCUAA